AUGGCUGCUGCUGCGAUGGCUGCUGCCCAAAUUUUGAUAAUCAAAAUGGGAAUCUUUGGCAGAUUACGAAACCUACGCGAGUUAAAUCUACGAGGAAAUCGAUUCAAUGGAAGUCUUCCCCCAUCUCUGGGUUCCCUUCCAUCGCUUCAACUCCUUGAUCUUUCUCUAAAUGAAUUUGAAGGAACGAUUCCCAUCAGCUUGACUAACAGUUAUCAGCUCCAGACCUUCGAUAUUCGAAAUAACCAUUUAUCUGGAAAUCUUCCAGAAUCAAUUGGAAAUCUUUCUUCCUUGAGCAUACUUUCAGCACAAGGAAAUUGUCUUGAAGGUCCAAUUCCAACUCAAGUGUGCAAUUUGAAGUGGCUUAACAUUGUGGACCUUUCGCAUAACAGAUUUUCAGGGAAAAUUCCUUCUUGCUCGAGUUUUCUAUGGGGGUUGGAGUAUAUUAACUUGAAUGGCAAUGAUUUCACUGGAUUGAUCUCAAGCAUUCCUUUCAAUAGCUCGGCAUUGGCGGUAUUGGAUGUUGGAAAUAAUCAUCUUUCUGGCAAGCUUCCAAGAUGGAUAGGAGAUCAAAAUGAGCUCAGAAUUCUUCUCCUUGAAGGAAAUGAUUUCUAUGGUUCUAUUCCAUUGCAUUUAUGCAAGUUAAAUGAUUUGCAGUUGCUAGAUCUUUCCAACAACAAGUUUUUGGGAAUGGUACCCCAUUGUUUUGACAAUACGAGGCUUGGGAAAGAAGAAUCAACCUAUGAUCAGUUAUUUUGGUACGGGCCCUUAACAUUGUACUCAUGGAGUAUCCUACUUCAGUGA